AUGCCUCGUAUGACCCAUCUCGCCGAGAUAGCUCGUCGUCUAGGAUCCUCACUCAAGCUUAUUACCAAGCUUGACCAUGAGAGUGCCUAUCGUCAGCUCAGAAUUACUAAAGAAGAUCAGCUGCGCGCACUAGGACUCCAUCUGGAUGAUCAACAGCUUCCAAAAAUCGUUAAGCCUCUCAACAACAUCCUCGGCUUAGAGGUUCAUCUGGAACAUGGAGGGCUACUACCGGCACGGCGAGAAAAACUACUUGCAGAUCUACUCUUGGCACAACACCAGCAUCUUAGCAUCACGUCCAAGUUCGCUGGACGUCUAUCCUUCGCCUGUGACUCCCUCUUCGGGCGUGUGGGUCGUGCCUAUGUUCGAACUAUCAUUCGUUAUUCCCGAGGUCUUCCUAUCGAUUCUGCCCUCUUGAACACCUCACUCCGUACCCUAUACUCAUUGUUCAACACAGCUUCGAGGCCAAGAGAUCUGGUUUAUGAACUCUCUAUCGCCCCACAUCCGGUUCUAGCUUUCGCCGACGCUACAGGAUCGGGCGGUCUCGGUGUCGUCCUAUUCGACAAAUCUCAAGACAGUCUAGCCUUUGGUUUCACGAAAUUUCCCAAGGCUAAAUCCCCCCACAUCAACUCCUUGGAACUCUUAGCCGCCGAUUUAGCUCUCAGCUCGGCGGCCAGGUGGCGCCUCGGCUCAGACAUCAUACUCUUCACCAACAACACAGUAGCUUCAGUGGUAGUGUUGUCAACACUACCACUGAAGCUAUCAUUUGUCGUGGGUCAAGCUAUUCUCUCUCCUUGA